AUGUCUCAGUGCCCGUGUCCAAGAACAUGCAAAGGCAGCAACGGGCUGUCAUCCUUUCGACUGUGCGCAUGUAAGGUGCGGCUACCUAUUACGUGGGCAGCCUUUGCAGAUGCCCUGCAACCUUUGGACAAGGCAACUUAUGGAGCCCACAGCGCAGAUCUGGACAUCGUCACCGUGCCGGAUCCCUUUUACAAGGAUCAAGCUUCCUUCGUGACAAUCCCGCGGCAGAUGCUGUCCGACUUCUUGCGCCAGGCAAAGCUCAGCGGACUGCGUGUGAUCCUCGAUAUUCACGCGUAUCCUGGGGGUGCGUCUCACGGAACCUACAACGGUGUGUGGCCUUUGAAGUGCGCAUUCUGGACGGAGAAGUCCAAGAUUGGGCCAGAGAAAAACUUGACGGAAGUCGGCAUGUGGAUCGUCGAGAAAAUGAUCCACUGGAUCGAGAAUCUGGACUUCGAGCCACAAGGCGCCAUUGCUGGAAUCGUGCUCAUGAAUGAGCCCGGGCACAUGAACCGUUGGAAGCAGUUUGCAGCUGACAAGGCCAUCCUGGCUUGGCUGAGCGAGGCAUCUGCUCGCUACUCGCGCUCAGAACUUCCCUUUCUGGGCAUCAAACUCUACAUGAACUUGGUUGAGACAGCUUUUCAGGACUUCGAAGGCGUUGUUGUCCCCUGGUACCACAGCACGUUCUCGCUUGAGGAGAGAAAGACUCGGGUGGUUGCUGAUGUGCAUUAUUACAUGGCCUGGGAUUACCACGUCUGCGACGGGCGAAGCGAUCCAUUCGGAGCCUACUCGUGCACCCAAAACUACCAAGGCACUUUGCGUGGCUGUGCUGAAGGAAAUGCUAAAAACAUGCGCCGACGCUGGAGCCAGCACGACGAGCUGGUUGCAGUGAGCGAGUUUUCUCUUGGCACGUUCGACCAGAUAGAUCUUGCCUGCAAGGAGCUUCCAGUGCUGGAAACGAUGCUGAAGGAACAGCUGGCCGCUUUCGCAAAGUACAACUUCGAGACCAUCUUUUGGACUUGGAAAAUGCCUUAUGCCACAGACUUCCAGCCUGGCUGGUCUCUCAAAUGGCUUCUCAGCCAGCACCAGGAGCGCAAAAAAUGA